GGCAAUCUAUUACUUUGGUCUUGUACAAUCCGACUUGAGCGUUGACGGUCUGUCACAUUUCACGCUGACACCAAGCGAACACUCAGAGCUCAGACACACGCUGUAAUAUCGACAGAUUGGAGGCAAGAGUACGAGUCCGCGUGAUCACUUAGCAGAUUCCUAUGUGAGUGCAAACCAGUCGAAAAGAGGAAACCGAGGAAAUCCCCCAAAAGGAAAUGCCAAUCGCAGCCACUGGCCAGUCGACAACUCAAGAGCCCAGAGUGUGCCCCCGGCUGCCUUCCACCCCAGAACCGGUCCCUAAAGGGGCUGAUUUAUUCGAAGAGGCGGGGGCGGCGGAGUCGGCAGAGCGAACAGAGUACGGGGGCGCGGAGGGGGCCAGAGGCUUUGGGGGCUAUAGUUACAGCCACAGAGGCAGUCGGAGCUUACAGCCAGCAUCCACCAACAGCUCUCCGCCGCAGUCUCCAGCCGCGUCCUCCUCUUUCCUAUUCCACCCCUUCCACGGCCACCAAAUGGCAAUGGAGCCCCCCAGGACUCGAUCGCGUUCCCGGUCUGGAUAUUACCAGCAGUAUCCUGGUGGGAAUGGAAUUACUGGCAGCGGAAUAAUAGGAACUAACCAGCAAAAUCCCCAGUUGUUGCAGCAGCAGCAGCACAGUGCCGGUGGUUGCUCACCCUCUGGGGCUCACAGCAGCCAAGCAGAGAACCAGCAUCGAAUCCUGGGAAGUAAUGCCUCCCUAGGCAUCCAGAGGCUUCUCCCUGUUCCUGGAGCUCUCCGCAUCCCAACUGAAGGCGCCUCGGAUGGGUCUUACCAUUGCCACCAAGAGCAUGCAUAUGGGGAGAGUGACAAGAGUGAGGAAAGCCCCAGUCCAAAGCGCCAGAGGCUGUCCGGUCAUGCUGUCUUGGAACAGCUAACUUCUUCCGCCCCACCGCCAUCUACCCCUUCUCCCCCCAUUCGCCCUUGGGAGUUGGGACCUCCAAGCAGGAGAUCGUCUCACCCCCACGCACACUACCACCAAGAAAGAUCCCUCACACCUGCUCGUCACAGACGCAGCCCCCCUGUUAGGCGUCAGCGUGGCCGCCUAUCCAGACCGACUCGCCACUUGCCUCCCCAUCAUCACCCCUCGACCCAAGGCCCUGGACCCCACCCUUUGCCAUCGGAGCUCCAGGAUGAGAACUUUCAACGCAACCCACAUUCCUCCACACACCAGACGUACCCAACGCACACCUACAGUCACCCCCCCACACAUGGAAGUGGGGGUUCAGAGGAUCUCCGAGCAUUCCAUCCUCCCACCUUGUCCCCUCGACUACUGCACCCAGCUGCACACCACCACCAUCAGCAGCAACAGCAUCAUGCAACGUCACAGCAAGGAGCCAUGGUCCUGGACUUGCGUGAACAGCUUCAGCAGGGCAGUGUACCGGUCUCCUACACUGUGACCCCAGUCGCACCUCAUGGCCUUGCAGCACCGCUGUGUAACGGUCAGCACCUUCCCCCCAGCUGCUCUUCACAACAACAAGUUCCUGCCUGUAGCGUGGUAUUCAGCACUGGACAACAUUACCACCCGAUGCUACAGGCAUGUUCAAUGCAACAUUUGCCAGUGCCCUAUGCCUUUCCCUCUCUGCUCUCCAGCGACCCUCAGUUUCUUCUUUCCCCUCCACCCCACCUCGCUCAUCACCCGCCACACCUCCACACACACAGUCAGUUCUUGCCAUUCCAGACGCAGCAGCCACGAUCGCCUUUACAGAGGAUUGAAAAUGAGGUUGAACUUCUAGGAGAGCAGCUCUCAGUCGGUGGAGGGUUUGGCUAUGGCCAUCACCACCACCACCAUCACCACCAACCUCCCUCCACUCUCCCACCAUCCACACCACUCCAGUUUCUUUCGCACCAUGACCCCCUUUCACAAGAGCUCUUCACAGUGCCGUAUCCACACUUCAUGCCACGGCGAUUCACAAAUCGGCGCUACGCUGCUCGUUCCCAGCAGGCUGUGCCCCCUUCAAGUUACCACCCGAGCUUCCUGCCUUACUUCUUGUCCAUGCUCCCCGUGCCACCAAACGUAGGUCCCACCAUUAGUCUGGAGCUUGAUGUUGAUGAUGGAGAAGUGGAAAACUAUGAGGCCUUGCUGAACCUUGCAGAGCGUCUUGGAGAGGCCAAGCCCCGUGGCCUAACUAAGGCUGAUAUUGAACAGCUCCCAUCGUACAGAUUCAACCCCAAUAACCACCAGUCUGAGCAAACACUGUGUGUGGUCUGCAUGUGUGACUUUGAGUCCCGCCAGCUCUUAAGAGUUCUGCCUUGCAAUCACGAGUUCCAUGCCAAGUGUGUAGACAAGUGGCUUAAGGCUAAUCGUACUUGCCCCAUCUGUCGAGCUGAUGCAUCCGAGGUCCAACGGGACUCUGAGUGACUCCCUGAUUUCUAUUUUGAUGCGCCACGUAAAUGUUGAACUUCUCUCCAGUCAUCAUGCACAUACAUGGACCAGUAUUCCUAACCCGCACAUCCAAAAAGGACGAUGAGCAGUACACUUUUCUGCAUAUUGCUUCAAAUUUGGAAAAAUAAGCCCUUCACACUGCUCCACCUGCACCUAAUGGUGUAGAUAAAACACAUAUAAGUGCACUCCAUUUACUGUGCACUUGUUACUAAUAAUGGCCUUUGAAGCACACACAGCACAGACAUUGUAUUAUUCGUAGAAAACAGAAGCUUCUGUAUACUAGUAGUAACAAACUUUGCAGGAGGAAUUGCAGUCCAAAGAUUUCGUUGUUGCUGUUCUUGUGGAAAACACCCAUCUUUAAUACAGUAGCACAAAUUGUUGUCUCGGUUCAUUGCGAUUGACAUUGUUGGUUAAUUUUUAUUUCUGUAUGUGCAUUUUAGCAUUCCUCUGCGUGAGAUCAGCCUGAAUGGGAUAAGAAAAAAAUAUAUUGUACACUGUGCUUUGACCAUCGCGACCAACUUUGGAACAUCAAAUAAUUUAGGCUACUUUAUGCUCCGUAAACCUACGUGUUUUUCUGGCUUCCCCUGUAGGUAUGGAGGGUACAAUCUCUUUCAUGACCUUUCGACACACAUAAUCUGCUCUUGCUAAGGUUCAUGCCCAUAUGCCACACACAACGUACCGGUACAUGAUAUUCAUCUUAGACACAGGAAGGCUUUAUGGUGUAAUUUAUGACUAUUUAUUACAAUUUCUAAUUUGGCUCAGUAACAACCAACCAGAUGCUUUAAAGAGAAUGGAUGAUUUCAAGUGUAUCUUUUCAUUUUUUGGGGGCGUUUUGCACCACACAUCACGCUGAUGUAAUAAAAUUAAUUUUGGCUUCCCCAAUUGUGCUUUAUUUUUUUAAAUAACCUGACCUGCUAUUUUCCAUCACUCAUGUCACAUGCAUGGAAAAUUAGUUUUUGUCAUCAAAGGGGACUGGAUGUUUCCAUUGUGUCUUUGAAAUGUGUUUUACUGUUUUCUGUUGCUUGGUACCCUAGCAGUUACCUCAGUCCCACUAUUUAUGGCUUUCCAGACAAUAUUACAACCACAAGUUAUUGCAUUUUGCUGACUUUUUUCCCAUGCAAUUUCUUUAUUUCACUAUGAAACACUAUUAACAUGGUGUCAUAGUACUUAUGUGUUAUAUCUGUAACCAACAUCAUUUGAAGGCCUGUAAUGAUGAUGCUGACAUUUUUAACAAACCUUUGUACAUUUUGUAUGAGAGUUAUUACUAGUUAUACUUUAUAAAGUAGUGCAAUGGUUUCCUUAAUCCCUUAUCCUGUCUUUUGUAUUGCAAAAGCUGGUUGAAUAAUAAAUGUAUAACAUUC